CGCUUUGAUUGGCCUAGCUUUAGCGUUGCCGCGGUCGACAUCUUGGCAGCGUCGUGUUGCCUCUGCGUACUCGAAUAAUAGCAUUCCAUCUCAUCCGAUCAUCGUCUUUACCUGGAACGUAACAACGCGCGCGACCAAACAGCUCCGUAAUGAUCCAGCAGCACGUUUCGCCAUGUCAGACACUGUGGUGACCGCACGGCGUACGCGUGUGCAGAAGGUGUGCACGUUGUGGACCCAUGACGACAAUUUCUCCAAGGAGGAUGUAGUUUUCAACGGCGACAAGUUCCUAGAGCUGCCCGCGACUCCGGGAUGCUUGAUUCAAGUGAUUGCAUUGAAACAGGGAACGGCUGUGCGCGACUUCCAGGCUUCGACCAAAGUGCCCGUCAGAGAUUCCGGUCAAUCAAAGCCAGAUGACUCGUCGCAGUACACAAUCAAAAGUCCCCAUACCCGUCGCAGCCGCAGAGGAUCGCUCAGAGUCACGCUGGAUGAGAAUGGGUCAGUGAUUCAGGAUGGCCGCGAAGUUGAUAUGGAAAAGUCGUAUACUUUUGUCGCCAAGCCUUUUCCGGCCGACCUGAAAUCGAAGCAGUCAAAUCUUAAUUUGUCGGUAGCUGAGAGGAUUGCCAGAGUUUUUGGGCUUCGUAACCGGAUGCAAGUCAUUGUUACUCUGGCCGAUGAAGAAAAACACUCAGCCUCUCACGUGGAGAUCACUUUUCGCGACGAGUAUCUUGCUAGAGCUGAUAUGUGGCGCAUGUCCAUAGCGGAACUGAGUAAUCGUACAGUCUAUCGUGGCCAGAAACUCCUCUUCAUGGGUACCAUCAAAGCUGCCAUCAAGAAUGUGUACAUCAACGGCCAGUCCACCCACUCCGGUUAUUUUUCCCCCAUGACGAAACCUGUCUUUCGCAGCGAGUCUGCUCGAUAUGUAUUGUUUAUCCAAAUGUCUAGAGAAAUGUGGGAUUUCGACGCAGAAGGCGCUGGCGAGAUCAUGUUCAACAAAGUCGUCAACGGCUUCCUUCCCGAUCUUUUCAAACGCUGGAUGAAGAUCAGUGCAAAACAUGUUGUGACGAUAAUUCUAUUCACUAGGAUGCAAUACACUGACGGAGCUGUGCCGAACUAUCCUGACGGCACUACAAAUACGAAUGAUUUCGAAAGUCGAUCUGGUCGUUUCCGAGACUACUAUCGUGUUGUUGUCAGUGACAUGGCCAGCGGCGACUGGAUCAACAUCCUUUAUCAAUUAAAGAAGGAAUUCCGCACAUUUCUCCGGGACGUCUCUUUAGUUCCGAGGGAAGCUCGUGCUUCACCUGGUUCGAGUAGCGGCCCGGACAACCCAAGCUCGGGUCUUCUAAUAGCUGGUAAACCUUCGACUGCGGCGCAGGGUAAUAUCCUGGAGGCAAUCAACCUUGCCGGGGCGCAAUUCGCUAAAGAUUACAUUGAUCGCGAUCUUGUGAGAACCGGCAUAUCUGUCAUCGUAGUGACUGCGGGUACUGGUGUUUUUGAGGUGGAUUUCAAUAUGCUUAAGCUGACCACGGAUACCUUGGUUGGAUCAGGCAUAGGCAUCGAUCUGGUGUGCUUGUCGCCAAUGCCACUUCAUUCAGUGCCGCUCUUCAAAUAUCGCAAUCCUCGCUCUGUAUCUCUUGCGAGUAAGCGCGACGCAUCCGAACAACAACGGCAACAAAGUGUGAGCCCAGAUCAGCUUGUUGAUCUCGACGAGAAAACACCUCGGCAGCAUGAAAUGAACUUCGGCUCUAAACUGCAGGAGCCACCGGUUUCUCCACCUCCAAUCCUGGCCAACGAGCCGGUGAAUGAGCCAACCCAUGACAGCGAAUGGAGGUAUGCAAUGCCUCACUGGGUCGAUAUCUCUUUCUGGUCCGGCACGAGCGAAGAGAUUAUUGAGCUUUCCAAAUUACGAAAACCCAACAGAGUCGUGAAAAAAGUAUCAAAGAAGGGAGGAACGUUUGCACUUCGGUGUCGAAUGUACGAGUUGCAAAUGAUGGGCGUUAUGGAGAAUGAAUUGGGCGACAUCUCACUCCCGUAUCUCGAGGAAGACUUUUUCUUCCCACAUCAGCUUAGAGAUCAAUUGAGUGCACACAGUCAUAGCGUCACUGAGCCAUGGACAAGAAUAGCGGGACGUAAAGCCCGAGCAAUGAGCGUUAUCAUGACAGCUAACGGGUCAGUCCCUUCCAAGGACGGGAAAGAAAGUAGCGAUGGACCGGAUGAUGAAUCUCGCGCAUUGUAUAAGCAAUGGAUGGAGACUUAUGACGAGAUGGCGUUCAGGCCCGUAACUGACCGCCGAUUCCGCAAUGAUAAUCACCCAACAGACCUGGAUACAAGACGUAAUUCACUCAAGCAGAUGUCUAGGGAGCCGAUCUUGUCGUCUUCCUACCGUACUAUGAAUUCAUCACAGGGGAAGACUGUCCAACCUUCUGAUGUAGAGCUUCAUGACCUCAUUCACGAUCGAUCAAGAGGACUUGAAGCACCCCCUUCUGUCAAAAGUAGGGUUUCAGCACCAGAUCACAAAGAUCUCAUCGUUCCAAGGGCGGACAUAUUGGCUCGCAAGAUUACGAUGGAUAAACUGAGCAGCAUGAAUCGGCCAUACGAACACCGCAGGGGCGGGUCUGGCGAUGUAUAUGAUGCCCGGAGUUCUUCACAUACGACCCCACGAGAUUCACCUACUCCGAGUAGAGGAAGCUCCCCGCCCCGUGAUCUGGGUCCUUCGUCAUUGGUAACGCCAACUACAAGUGGUGCAUCGACAACAGAAAAGCGAAGCCGGCCAGCCGCCUGGUUUCUCAGACAGAUUAGUUUCGGCGGGAGAGCAAACCCCGUCGCAGAACCCACGACUGGGGUAGCCACUAUUGAUAUCACCCCAGGUAGAGUGAAGCCAGCCAGAAUGACGAUAGAGAACAAUCAGAAGGGCUUGAUCGCGGAGAAACUAGCGAGCACCCGAUCUACGGCUGCCGAUGGACCCUCUCAGCCCAUCAAUAUCAGAAAGGGUCUAAGGAUAGACUCGUCUUCCGGAGAGUCUCCAUCUUCUUCUGAUCGUGCUGGCCGGUCUGUGGAGACAGUGAGAGGCAUGCGCGUAGCGAAAGCGUCUUUACCUUCUUUCCCCAAUUCCGUGGCUAAAGACCCAGGAUCUACUUUCUUGAUAGCAGGUUCCAGAGCGACGGGCGACUCAAUCAAUCCGAAAAUCGAGUUGCUGUCUUCAAGUGGCGGCGCAAAGACCAUUCCCCAGACUUUGUCGCCGACAAGCGCAAUAGCACCUUGGGCUGUCUUAGUCAACCCUUGUAACCCCACGAAGAACACACUCAACAUCGCAAAUCAAUUUCGGAGGUGGCAACACGUGUUCCCCAAGAGACUCAAAACAGCAUCUGUGAAAUGGAAGUCACUCUGUUCCCCAGCAGCGGUUCCUCUGACGCACGAGUAUUUCCCCUCUGCGGAACAGCUCGCAGCAGAAUACAACGAAAGCCCAUACAAGGUCAUUCAAAAUGACGACGAGGAAGUCCUGGAAGCGCCCAAAUCCCGAGAGUCUCUCGUGCGUGAAUUGAUUGCGUUCCGGUUGUCUCAUGGAUUUCAGAUUCUGGUUGGAGCCGCAGUGGCAGAGUAUUCGGGGGGCAAAGAGCAGGAUAUCUCGAGUAUAUUCCAUUCAGAAUACAUGUCUCGUGACGGCGACACGGUUUUCAUGAACGUGGGAAGCACAAUCCAUCAGCUUGUAUGUGUAGCUGGAGGAGAGGUCGAGGUCAAGCGAUACAGCCGGAAGCCUACAACAGCGUUGGAGUCAUCGGCUGGAAUCGAUACACCUUUUUCAUACAAACCGUAUAUCCGCACAGCUUUGGAGGAAAAGUACCAUGCGCGCGACAUCGUAUUGCGCCCACCACGGAAAGAAUACAAUUGGAACUUCAUUGACACAUUCCUAGCGGGUUAUCAUGACGAAUUCUCAGAGAUUUUGCGCUUCUGGAGAGCCCGCUUCGUCCUGAUACCUGUAGAUAUCCCGACAAUUAGUCGACGCCCGCUGCCCAUGCUUGCAGAAGACUCAGAAGAAGAAAUUCGCCUCGAGGGUAUUCGCAAGUUGACUCACGUGUGGCAAAAGUAUCGUUACAUUCCGCCCGAGGAGCGCCAUUUCCACCCUGCUACAAGUAGUGGACAGAAGGAUCCCAACCCACUUGCCAUUGAAUAUCACACCCGGGACCCGUCUGCGGUUGUAUCAGCUGGCAGCGACAGCUCCCUGCUGAAUGAGAACGCGAGUGACUUUCAGACGUCAUUAUUCACGGAGAGUGAACAGUACCACACCUCGAAUAUUGACAUUGAAAAGCUAGCCGAAGAUGUACAAGGCGAGAAAGGCAUCCCUAUAUUCGAUCGAAGGUGGCACUGGAAGCUUCACACUAAUUGUUUUCUUGGGUUUGACCUUACUAGCUGGCUACUGUCGAAUUUCAAGAAUAUCGCGACUCGCGAUGAGGCUGUGGACCUGGGAAAUCAGCUCAUGGUCAAAGGACUCUUCCAGCACGUUCAGGGCAGACACCAAUUCCGAGACGGAAAUUUCUUCUACCAAAUCGCCGCCACAUACCGCGCUUCGCGCCCUGAGUCUCGUACAGGGUGGUUUGGCAUCAGAAGAAUCGACCGCUCUGUCCCCUCAACCCCACUAUCUGAAGGACCGCGAGCAUCACCUCUCGCGUCACGAAGUGUUAAAUCCCGGCCCAGCACAAGCGACUCGUCCAGUAUAGAUUCCGGAAAAGACGGCGAGAAGACUCCAACUCGCCACAUUGCCCCAAAGCGAAAAGUGCUUUUGUCUGGUGCUAUGAGGUAUGACGUUGAUCCGCGCAAGCGUUCUUACCGACCUGAAAUAAUCUCUCUUCAUUACGAUCGCCUGCACAAUCCCGACAACUGCUAUCACAUUCGUAUCGAAUGGAUGAAUGUUACCGCUAAGCUGAUAGAGGACGCGAUUGUUUCGUGGGCUACUAGCGUCGAAAAAUAUGGUCUUAAAUUGAUUGAAGUGCCCAUUGCCGAAGCUUCAAACAUCAAAGAGAACCACCCAUUCCGUUCUCCUUAUAUCGUUCGGCUUGCCGUGCAGCCUCCACAGGAUUUCAGUCAAACGGAAACACUGUUUGAAGCGUCAAACGUUACGUCUAAUCAUACGAGAAGUGAAAGAUUUCCGUACCAGAAAGCCAUUCUGAGAAAACUGAACUUUGUACUGGAUAUGGAAGCUAGGGAUUCUUUCCCUACUGAUGUUGACGUCAAUUAUUCCUGGGGCAAUCCAGAUUACAAAUACACACAGUUCAUUCAUCGCACAGGAGUCUUGCUGGUCCAGAUAACCUCUGAUGGCAAUUUCCUACUUGGAGCGAAUCGACUAGCCCACAACCGCGCCAAGGAUACCAGCCGCUUCAAGCCCGUCGAUUUAUAUGAUCACAAACGAAGUGCAACUGAUACAGACCGAACGCCAGUAACACCUGGUGAGCGAGCAAACCUUCAUCGUUCACCGUUCUCUAGCCCGUUAGCUCGGCCAGUCCAAGACAGUAGCCUUUUGCACACUGCUCUAGACAGGUUGGGGCCUUUGUAUAAUCCCCAUACCCACUCGACAGUACAGACACCAGAACAGAUCAAAGACGAGAUGGAGGCCUUCUGCUUUAACGCGACUCAGCUUCAGGCCUUCUACAAGGAUGCAUUGAAACCAACAAUCAUGCCAUCGCCAUCUCCCCGCAUUCAUCCAGUAAUAGACAACAACAUUCCUUCCCUUGGGCUGCCGCCAGCAAUUAACAUACAAGGGGCAAGUCCAAGCACAGGAGGGUGGACAUUAAGUGGAAGCGCAAGUGCAGGUGGAAGUAAUGUCACAGGGCGGCGAAUAGGAAGUGAUACUUCUGAUCCACGUUCUAGUAUACUAGGUAGAAGACGAAGAAGCGUUCUGCCAGAAGAGAUUAUUCUACUAAAAAAUAUAGAUAGCUAA